GUGUAGUCUUUGUCAUAGAGUAAAUAAAGGUAUUUGUGUGUAAUGGCGUCUACUGUAAAUAAAGUCAAAGCCGCUGGUUUUGUAAUAUUUAGGCGAAUAAAUGGGGAAAUACAAUAUUUGCUCUUGCAAACCUCUUAUGGUAUACAUCAUUGGACGCCGCCUAAAGGCCAUCUUGACCCCGGGGAGUCGUCCUUGGAAGCUGCAGUCCGGGAAACGGAAGAAGAAGCAGGCCUGAAAAAAUCUGAUUUCAAAGUAACUGACUUUGAGAAGACUUUGGAAUACGAAGCGCACGGAAAACCCAAGAGCGUCACCUACUGGCUGGCCGAGCUGACGAACCCAAACGCGGCUGUGAAGUUGUCGCACGAGCAUCGGGCGUACGACUGGUUCCCGCUGGAAAAGGCGUGCGAAGUGUCGAAGUUCGAAGAUUCCCAGCAGUUGUUGAGGGCAUGCCACGCGUUCCUCACAGCGCAAAGUGGCUGUGCUUCACGUUAAAGAGUUAUCUGCCCUGUACAGCGUGUGAAGCUGUACGGUCAUUCCCUGUGUAAAUUUAGAUUGAUCAUAGUAUGGUGUAUCUUUAGUAUCCAUCAGAAUACAGUACAGUGAAAUCUUGCUACCGUCUUCAAGUAUUUUAAUAACGGCUCAGUUAAAACAUAUGUGGCGUUGGGAAUGAUGUAGGCAUACAAUCAUGGAGCAGUUGUAAUUCAAGUAAAAUGAGGUUAUGCAGCAACCACCAACUGUUAGUACUGUAUGCCCCGAAAAUAAUUCAACGAUUUGUACCAAAACUACCGGGUGAAGGUCGCAUUAUAAAUGCAAACUUAUAUCUUGCCAUUCGGAAAGGCGUCGUGUUAAAAAAACGACACACUCUGCGGCUUAACUGUGUCACUUAUCCCACUUUAGACUGCCGUUGAUUACUGCUUUCUGAACCUCCGCUUAGUUGAAAAAUUAUACAAACUGCUUGUAAACUCAGUCAUUUAAGACACUUUAGUCAUGGGCUUCCCGAACCUUUGCUCAGGCGAGACAGGUGAGAAUGCGUGAUGAGGGAGAGUUUGCCUGCAGGGUUUCUUCCACUUCUCUUCCCUUUGGCUGCUGGCAAAGGGACUUCACCCCACCCGGUGACCACUGUACAUCACCACAUUCCUUGCUUUCUGAAAAGCUUUGAACUACAGCCAUAAAACUCAAUUCCCCCCCCCCCCCCCCCCCCCCCCCUCCAACUGUGGCGUGGUGGUUUUAAAAGAUGCUGUGUGAAUACAGAGGUAAGUGACACAAAAAAAAAAAAGCUCUCGUAAUUACGAAAUAAAUCUACUAAAUUAUUUAAUUUUCAAAUGCUAUUAACUUGAAUUGUGAUUUCCACUCCAUAAAGUUUUAUUCCAUAAGCUCGUAAUAAAAAAAAAGGUUUGUGGUGGUAUUAUAUUCAGAGAAACAUUAUUUUCGGGUCAAUGAGAUUAGAUACUUGCAUUUACGUAUUUUGUGUUUUAACGUAAUCAACGUAAUGUCCGUACUGGACCCUAAACAAGAACUGGCCAUCCCGCAGAGAGAACAUGAUGAAGUGGCAGUGUGCUGCGGAACUUUGGAAAUGUUGGCUUAAGCUGAAACUGAAACCUGGAUCAAUUUUGUUUGUAUGAAAUUAUGAUUUAAUUAUGAAACUGGCAGUACACAGGAUCUUCUUUAGCCUUGUGUUGAUUCCCAUGUCCUGUAUUUAUGCCAAUAUAAUCUUUUCUGCAUUUUGUUUUUGCAGUAUUUAGCCCAGAUUCAUAUCUAACUCUUACCCAACAAUAAUUAUCCUUAAGUAAAUACCGUGAUAUUUUAUGCUAAACACUAAACAAAUAGACUUUUUUUUUUUCCAUUGGCCAUUGCUAUUCAUUAUGAAAGCCCAGGGGCUAGCCAGGGGGGGGGGGGGGGGGUGGUUUAGGGGUUCAAACCCCCCAUCCCCCCCAGCACCAAAUCUUUAAUUAAUUUCUUAUUCAUAACUCCAAAAAAUUUCAUAUUAAAAUUAAUAAAUUUUUACAGUUACAAUAUUUAAAUUUAAAUACGAGGGGGGGGGGGGGGGGGGGGGCAAGCUUCUUAACACCCCCCGUACACAAAUCCUGGCUACGCCACUGUGAAAGCCUACAAUACAUGACAGUAAAAGAGUGAAUUAUUGGGUAACCAGUUCCAUGAAAAAUGUCUUACGAGAGAGUACAUAGUUAUCGAUCGCUUCAUAUUUUGACUCCAAGGAAAAACAGAAAGUGAGACACUUUUGGUUGCAAAAUGUCUUGUUCUUAACUCCUAGGCUUUGUUUGAAUGCAACUGUGUGUUUCAUGCUCCAAGAGAGAAUUGUGAUCCUACUGAAAUUAUGUUGAUUCUUGAAUAAAAUUCAUACAAGUUUUUAAA